AGAAGGAUGUGUCACCGUCGAAGGGUUACGAACACCUACCUCUGUGGGCACGAGAUUACCUCGCCAGAUGAAGAUAUACACUGCGACAGCCGAUGGUGCAAGUUCAGUCCCAAUCAUCCACGGGACUGUGUUCCUCCUCAGUGUACUCAGACUUGUGCUCAGGCUCGAAUGUCGCCUCACAUGAUCAAUCCUCACCCCAACUCCAUGUGUCCCUUCUGCUUACAGGCGGGAGUCACUCCUCGAAGAUAGAUGCAUGCAGCCGCGCCGCGCUCCGAAGUAUACCUGAGAAUCAUAACGAGACGUACUCGACACCCGAUGAAUACUCUCCUGUAGUAAUGGCUCUAAUCGCUCGUACAAGUUAUAACUAGUCUUUGUAAGAUGAAGGGGGACAGCAGAUAAUCUGGAUGGUAGAACACAAGUUACUGUAGAUAACGGAUAGUGAAGUCGUGACCCUUUUUAACCUUCUUGAUUGCUCUUGCCGAAUUCUGUAGUGCUUACAUACUACUACGAUACGGUUCUAGCUGUCUUGUUGGAAACUAUUGCCGAAAAACCUUACUUGCCAUGGUAGUCCUCCGCGCUUUGUGCUCUUCCUUUUGUUAGUAUGUAGUCGUGAUAAGUUUUU